AUGGCUGACUUCGGUCAAAAGUUCAUAAAGACGACCUCAAAAUGCAACUAUGAGGGUUCCUGGCCAAGGUUUGCUUUAGCGCGGUCCUUCUGUCUUACCCUAGGUGCUUUCACGGAAUUUGUGGAUGCUUUUGCUGCACCUGCAACAGCUGGGUGUUAUUGGGGAACACGGGGCAAUGCGUUAGAGUACUUGGGGAGCAUAGGGGAGAAUCAGUUCGAGCCUGAAACUCCUAGUUUCUUAAAGCCCGAGACCCGUAGUUCACAAAAUCUUGAGACUCCUACUUUCUCAAAGACCGAGGCCCCUACUUUCUCAAAAUCGGAGAUCCCUACUUUGUCAAAGCCUGAGACUCCUACUUUCUCAAAGCCUGAAACCCCUAGUUUCUCAAAGCCCGAGACCCCUAGUUCCCAAAAGCUUAAGACUCCUACUUUUUCAAAGCCCGAGACUCCUACUUUCUCAAAACUGGAGACCCCUAGUUUCUCAAAACCUGAGACUCCUACUUCUCCAAACCCCGAAACCCCUACUUUGUCAAAACCCAAAACUCCUACUUUCUCAAAUCCCGAGAUCCCAACUUUUUCAAAGCCAAAGACCCCUAGUUUCUCAAAAUCUGAGACUCCAACUUCUCAAAACCCGAGACUCCUAACACCAACUUUCUCAAAUCCUGAGACUCCGAGUUCCCUAAAGUCUGAGACCCGAACUUUCCAAAAGCCUGAAAUCCCAAGUUCUCCAAAGCUCAAGACCCGAAGUUCUUCAAAGCCUGAGACCCCUAGUUUCUCAAAGCCCGAGACCCCUAGCUUCUCCAAGUCCGAAACUCCUAGUUCUUCAAAGCCUGAGAUGCCAUGUUCCUCAAAACCUGAGAUUCCUAGAUUUUCAAAACCUGAAACUCUAACUUUUUCAAAGCUUGAGACUCCAAGUUCCCCAAAGUCGGAGACCCCUACUUUCUCAAAGCCUGAAAUCCCAAAUUCUCCAAAUCCCGAGACCCCAAGUUCCCCUAAGCCUGUGACCCCUAGAUUUUCAAAACCCAAAACUCCUAGCUUCUCAAAGCCCGAGACUCUUAGCUUUUCAAAAUCUGAGACCCCAACCCGAGGCUCCAAGUUCUUUAACGCCCGAGACACCAAGUUUCUCAAAACCUGUGAUCCUAGUUUCUCAAAGCCUGAGACUCCAAGUUCUCCAAAGCCUGAGAUUCGAAGUUUUGCAAAGCCCGAGACCCCUAGUUUCUCAAAGCCCGAGACUCCUAGUUUCUUAAAACCCAAGACUCCAAGUUCCCCAAAGCCUGAGACCCCUAGUUUUUCAAAACCCGAGACCCCUAGUUCUCCAAAUCUUAAGGCUCCAAGUUCUCCAAAGUCACAGGCCCCUAGUUUCUCAAAGCCUGAAACUUCUAGUUUCUCAAAGAAGCCCGAGACGUCAAACCCAAGACUCCAAGUUUCUCAACGCCCCGAGACUCCUACUUUCUCAAAGCCCGAGACCCCAAGUUCCUCAAAAUCUGAGACUCCAAGUUUCUCAAAGCCCAAGACCCCUAGCUCUUUUAAGCCUGAGACUCCUAGCUUUUCAAAGCCCGAGACACCAAGUUCUCCAAAGUUCGAGACUCCUAGUUCCCAAAAGCCCGAGACUCCAAGUUCUCCAAAGACCGAGAAUCCAAGUUCCCCAAAGACCAAAACUCCAAAUUUCCCAAAGCCUGAGACCCCAAGUUCCCUAAAGCCCAAUACACUUAGUUUCCCAAAGCUUGAUACCCCAAGUUUCUCAAAACCCAAGACCCCAAGUUCUGAGACCUCGAGUUUUCCAAAACCUGAAACUACUAGUUCCCAAAAGCCUGAGACGCCGAAUUCCCCAAAGUUUGGUACGCCAAGUUUGCCUAAGUUUGAGAUGCCAAGUUAUCCAAAUUUCGAGACUAUUAGUUUCUCAAAACCUGAGACCUCUAAUUCCUCAAAGCAUAAGAUUCCAACAACCCCAGAACUCAAGACUCCUAGUGUCUCCAUGCCUGAAAUACCAAGUGUUCCAAAGCGUGAGCUACCAACCACCCCAAAGCCUGAGAUCCCAACUUUUACAAAGCCUGAAUUACCAGUUGUUUCAAAUCCUGAGAUUCUAAUUAUUCCUCUUCAUUCACAUUCUUCAUCUGUUACUGUGUUCAAUGGAUUGAACAUCUCUGAAUGGCAUGAACAAGUCCAGUGUCACUUAGGUGUGAUGGAUUUUGACUUGGCUCUGCUGAAUGACAAACCUACUGCCAUUACUGAUAAGAGCAGUGAGGAUGAGAAGUCUUUUCAUAAAUCAUGGGAACGCUCUAACACAUUAAGCCUUAUGUUUAUGCGAAUGACUGUUGCUAACAACAUUAAUAGUACUAUUCCACAAACAGAAAGCGGUAGGGAAUACCUGAAGUUUGUGAAUGAACGUUUUCGUUCUGCUGAUAAGUCUCUCGCUGGUACACUAAUGGCUGAACUCAUGAUCAUGAAGUUUGAUGGGUCGCAUAGUAUGCAAAAUCAUAUCAUCGAGAUGACUAACAUUACAUUAAGACUUCGGACCUUGGGGAUGAAAGUGGAUGACACCUUCUUAGUUCAGUUUAUUCUGAACUCGUUGCCUCUUGAGUAUGGACCAUUCCAAAUUAACUAUAACACUAUUAAGGAUAAGUGGGAUGUUAUUGAAUUGUCCGGCAUGCUUAUUCAAGAGGAGUCAAGACUUAAGAAACAAGGAGGUCAUUCCAUUAACCUCAUGGGUCAAGGAGCUGGUAAAGGACUUAAAGUGAAGGCCAAUAAGUUUAAGAAAAAAAAAAGCACCUGCUAA